UUCCGUGACCCAGAAGUACUUUUUUAGUGUUGCGGACACUUUCUUUUGGAUUAGCAAAUUGUAGCUACACCAACCACAGAAAUACAACAAUUCAUAAAUGUAUUGAGCAACAAACAUCUUCAUACGGAUUAUAACUGCCAGUUCAAUCAAACAUAAAACGCAGACCGCAAUUUGUGACUGGAUUAAGGCGAAUUAAGGACGAAGAGAGAGACAAAUAUAGCUACUAGCUAACGUUGCGUUAGCCUGUUAACGCAAAGGCUAAGCAGCAAGCUGACAUGAAUUCUCUCGUCGGCUAUGGCGUGUCCUCUGAUUCUGACAGCGAUGGGGAUAUUGUAAACAACAAGAAGACUGAGAGCAAGGUGGAUGGAGAGACCCAGAAGAAGGGCCGGAAUUUCCUCCUAGAGUCCGGGUCAGCCUCCAGUGAGUCGGACUGUGACUCCAACCCAGAGGAAGAGGUGAACCCCAUAUCCCAACUACAACCAAAACGCCCUCGUCCUUCCUGUAUGGGACCCCCCUCAGAGUCCCGGACCCCUCUCCUCCCCGCACCCACUAGCUCCCUAUCCCACAAACUCCCCCCUCCCCCCCUCGGGGCCUCGUCCAAGAGUGGCGUAUUUGCCAACCCCUUCAAGGCUCAAGCCGACCAAAAGCUCAACGUCUUGCAGAAGCAUGUCCCUCUCACAGUGCAGGCCCGGCCCUCCCAGAUAGGGGGCAAGAGGAUGUGUGUGGCGUACAGGAAGGACGGACGCUGCAGGUUCGGGAUCAAAUGCAAGUUUGCCCACGACAGCGAUCUCCAGAGCUCCAUCAUUCCCAAUGACUAUGACCCCCCUGAGGAUGACGCUCCCGGAUCACACCAAGCUGACCCCAACGCAGGAGGCUCUUCAUACAUGGGUCGCCAGAACUUUCAUCACAACCAGGGAGGAGACCCUGAAGAGGAGGAGGGUCAGCAGUCUAGGAAGAGGAGAGUAGGGCUGAGUAACACCCUAGUGCCUCCUAAAAGGGCGUUGAAGAAUUAUACAAUGCAGAGGAAGAGAGAACAUGUCAAUUUGAACUGAGCGACUUGCACAGGAAUACUGUCAGCAGCAAUACACUGUGUGUGUGUGUGUGUGUGUGUGUGUGUGUGUGUGUGUGUGUGUGUGUGUGUGUGUGUGUGUGUAUACACUCACAUUGUUUUAGUGUGUGACAAGAGAAAAUGGGAACGUGUUCCAAUUUUGUACCAUUAUUCUGCACUCAUUUACCCCCCCAUGGAUGUAAAAGGAAUGGACUGGUGUAAAAUAUGGUUUAAACUUCUCCCUACCCAUGCUUACGAGUGAGCAAGUGCAAACUAAUCUACAGCCAGAGAGUAUUCUAUACACCGCUUGUCAGUAUGCAAGAUAGGAUAACUAUUUAUUUUGGAAGAACCUGUCCAUUGGAAAUAUAAGCUACAUUUUAUCAUUGUUAAAUAAAUGCGUUAAAUGUUUUAUUUGUGUUUGUGAUCACUUAAUGAUAAAUGGACAUAGGAACUGGAGAUACCAAUAAAGUUAUGGAUCAAUUUUAGGAAAAUAUAAUCAUUAAUUUUGCUUGAUUAGAGAAAGAUUGAAAGGAGAGGCAGCACAGGGUUACUUUUUUUGAUCAGCUGCAACACACUCCGGCAUCAGUCACAAUGUAAGCACACACACUCAGCUCCUGCUUUUUGGGAUGGAUCUAUUUUUAGCCCCACCACACCGGCGAUUGAUGCUUCUCCAGCCAAAAACUGCAAUGAAAGCCAAGAUCGAACGGAUCAGACAGCGGGCUCUGAUGCUGAGGCAAGCCCGACUGGCUAGCGGACUAUUGGCAGGAGAGGGGGGUGGCACCUCGGCUAGUCACAAAAAACAGACUCUUGAGGAGGGUUCUCCAUUGAGGAAGAAGAGGAGGGACAGGAGGAGCAAAGGGGGAAUAAGGUGGUGCGUCAACCAGGUAUGUACAUUUACAACUAAUCAUAUCUGUUGCGUUUUGUCAACGUCUAUCAGAGGUCAUCUAUCUAGCGGCUACGCUCUCAUCUGUCAAAGAUAAGAUCCAUUGAUUCAUGUGUGCCCCCAAAUGGAUUCAUGCCAUAGCAAAUGCCAGUGGCUAAGUGGAGUCAGUUUUUUUCUAUAGCCCAGCUACCUGAAACAAUGGCCAUAUCAUUAACAUAAACAAAUAAAGAUUGUCACAAGAAACAAUCAGUAACAACAAUAAUCAAGGGUGUUUUUUUUUUUAACUUACUAGGGCACCUUGGCUGACUGACUCCUAGCACUCUGCAUUGGUCGUAAGUUGCUCUUGAUAAGAGCGUCUGCUAAAUGACAAAAAUAUCACAUGUAAAUGUACUAGUAGUGUAGACAGUUUUGAGUUAGCCUGGGCACCAAGGAGUCCAGAGAAAACAGGGAGAUGCAGAAGCGCUUCAACACACAGGUCAGUAACACUUUUUUUUUUUAAGUAGAUUUUUUAGCAACAUGAAUUAAAUAUGGCGAUUGAGACAGACAAUAGAACUACUGUGUUCUGAUCCUCACUCAGACACACGGCCAAGUAAGUCACCUAAUAUAGAUCAAACCUACCAGCUCCAGUGGAUUGUGGAAAGCGGGUGAUGCAGUUUUGUUUCCUUAUUGAUUUAAAAGAUAAACCUGCACACUGAGCUUGCCAGUAUCACUUAUGUUUAUUCCACUUACUUAUUUAUAUUCAAUGUUUUAGAUUGUUAUUUACUCUGUUGUGAACCUGAGCUGUGUCAUGCAGUGAGGAGCAGCGUGUGGACCAAGGACACCAGUGCUCACCAGCAUGACUACGGCCCUGAGGAACUAGUGGUUGAAGAGGAGGAUCUCUACAGGAAGGUAGAGGACACCAACUGACCUAUGAGCAGAUGAAGCUUAGUGUCCUUUAACCCUUAACCCUUGCUGCUCAAGCUGGGGAUAGCUAUCGUACUAUUAAAUAUCAACUUGAUAAUUUCCCUUUUAUAUUGACAAUUUGUAAGAUAAUGUAGCAUGUAGAAGGAUCAUUGUCUGAAAUAAAUAUUUUUCCAUCA